GGAGCACGACGAGUUCUGAGCGUUUUUUCUUGCGGCAGUGGCGAAGAGCUAACGUCGUCGGGAUUUGAGCAAUUCAAUAGAGAAAGGCUGAGAAGGGGAAGAGGAGAGGAGAAGGCGGGGGAGCAAAUCAGUAGGCCAGAGAAGGCUUCAGUGGGUGCAGAGCCAUCUGUGUUCCUUUGCCCUUUUUGUCUUUUGUUCUGGCGUUAUUCUCCAUUUCAAAGAGUGUAAUAUAUCCUUUGCCCCAUCGUGAGAGAAUGAACAGACUAGAGGAAGGUCAGCAGCAGCCACAGCAAAAGCAGCAACAGCAAAUGCUGUCGCAUCAACAAGAGCAGCAGCAGCAGCAGCAGCAGCAGCAGUUUCAGGUGAUAGAUUACCAUCAGCAGCAGCAGCAGCAGCAGCAGAGUCAGCAACAAAUGACGAGUUCAAUGAAUCAGCAACAGACUAUGGGAGAUCUAAGGGCAGCAGAGCAGGCACAGCAGCAGCAGGGGGGAGCAAAUGUGGUGCAGCAAACAUCUAGCGCAGGGGGUGUAGAAGGUCGAAGGGUUGCUAGUGGGAAAGAUGAUGAUGAGUACAGCACGCUCGGGAAUCUGUACUUGUCGUUACAGCACAAGAUGUUUCCAUCUUCCCUGGCGCUUGCGGCAGCGGCAUCAAGCAUGUUGCCGUCGAUUCACAGCGCGAUCAGUCAGGCGACGGCUUCGUUCUCCUUGUGGGUGUUUCCCACGAAAGGAACUAAGCCUGGACCACUUGUCUUCAGCGGCGCAGAUCGGAACAUCCCGUUUUUGUCCUUCGAUGUGGACCAUCGGAUCGUGCUGAAUGCGCUUGGGAGGGGAAAGGAGACGUGCACAUCCAAGUGUCAUAUCACGCUGCAAAAGUGGACACAUAUAGGAUGCGAGAUGGAGCGCAAUCGCGUCAGACUAUUGAUCAACGGCGUCGAGGAAGGCGAAUGCGAGAUGGAUAUCUUCGGAUUACUUCAGCCGGGUUGUGCGGGUCCAGGUGGGGAACAUGUUCCUCCUCCGCCGCAUCCGGGAUCAGCUGCAGGAGGGGCAACGAGCAACACGCCAUCUCCAGCCUCUCAUUCGUUGAUGAUGAUGAUGGCCACCUUGCCUACUCUCGUCUUCGUCGGAGCGCCGGGUCCCAAUGGCUCAGCUGUUCACACGUACAACGCAAAGCUACAACCAGUGCCGCUAUGGCGGGAGGUAAUGAUUCUCCGCCGUCCGUUGAUUCUCGACCGUUGAUUGAUUGAUGCAUUGAUGGAAUUACCGUUGAUUCACUGAUGUGUAUUUUUGCGGUGAAAAAAAAAACGUCGUUUUUGUCGCUUUUGUCGGCUCUUUGUGGACGGACCUUGGUGAUGUGUUAUGCCUUUUUUUUUGGAAGGGGGUAACUCCAGUACAGCCACAAAAACAGUUCGAAAUUACUCUUUGGGCUUUCCCUUAAACACAGCACAACCCCACGUAACCCAACCUGACCGGAAAUCUAGCUUGUGUACAUUGCCCAAAGUGCAAUUUGAAACUCUUUUUUUUUUUUGCCCAAAGUGUGUUUUCAUACUCUUUUUUUGACUCCCACGUAGUUGCCCCCUUUUUUUUGUUUUUUCUUCCGACGAGCAUGUUCGAGAAUGAAUAGGAGCUAAAAGC